AUGGCGUGGUACUCCAUUCUCCCGUCGGAGUUGAUUUACAUCGAGAGCUGGGUUGUGCGGUUCUUUUUAUGCCUUGGCCUCGUGACGAUCUUCCCCUGGAUCACUCUGAUCAUCUUUGAUAUGGUGCUGUAUACUUGGCGACUGUUGAAGUAUUAUACGCAGACGGUUGGAGGACGGGCGCAGGGCAUGCAGAGGCCGAGGGCGCCGAGUUUGAAUGAGCUUCCUGAUCGGUAUGGGCUGAGUGCUGCUCCUACCGGUAGCAAUGGCGGUGGGGAGGUCAAGGAGAAGGAGAAUCCGGUCGGUGGGGGUGUAGACCCGGAUGGAGGUGGGGUGAAGAGGAGGGGAGGGUGGACGGGUUGA